CAACUGCGACUUCAAUAAGAAUCGACGAAGUUGUAGAGGAGGCGUAUUGGGGAGGUAGAAAAGCAGAGCUAUGAGCGUCAAGCACCGCCAGCGCCGACUGUCACAUGACAAACUUGUUGCGUUGCGUUGCAUUUCCAUCUGUUCUUAUCGUCACUCCACUCCAGCAUAAUCUGAGAGCUUGGGUUCCUCUGUUAUGGCUACUUUGAAUGUGGGUUGUGCGCACUCCGGCUUCCAAUGUUGCGUUCGAACCGCUUCGCCUGAUCUUCUGGUCGGGCAGUGCCUAUCUGCGAAAGUUUUGAAGUCAUCUGUUACCUCGAGCAGAUUGAAGGUCCAUGGACAGUACAUUGAGUCCAAGUCGGGUGUUGCGCACGCGGACCUGAGUGAUGGGGUUCGUCAAGGUGGUGAAGGGAUUUGGUGUGGCCUCUGCGGAGAUGGGGAGGGUUGGUUGACGUGCGGGAGGUGUAUGGGAGAGGGUGGAUUUCCGACUCGCCCUGGGUUAGCUGGCGUGAAAGGGAAAGUAGGUUGGGGAAGGUGUAAGACAUGUUUCGGGCAAACGGUAGUUCCUUGUCUGCUUUGUGGAGUAUCGGGUGUAGCUGAAUGGAAGCUUUGGGUAGAGCAUGCCCGACGACAUCCCCGUGAAAUUGGCAAGCGGACAAUUGCGCCGUAACGAUGAAACCGCCAUGCUCAAUUCAGGCUGGAGAUAUAGUUGUUCCGUUGGAGGUGAGAUAGUUAUGAGUAUGACAAGGACGGCUAAUGAAAUCCUAUUUUUGGUAGUCCAUCACUGCGGAUGAGCGAAGUGACGCUUGUUUGCUUCGGAGAUUUCUGUUUCAUGCUGGCGUCUGCAGGCAUCGAUGUGGCAUGCAUGAUACAGGCCUGCCCCGACACGGGUGGUGGUGCAGAAUCUGUCUUGAGGACGUCAGGACGUUUCCCUCUGCUGCCCUGCCCGAGAAUUUCUGCUUAUGCUCAUCUCUUCAUUUCGACUCUAGAGGUAGCGAAUUCACUGAAGCGACCAAUGUGGAAAUCUCAUCGGUGCUCGAAGGCCCCAAGGUAUGCAACGUGUUUUCGCAGGUUUGGCUACCAAGUUGACCUGCUGAGCACUCAGUCGGAUACUAAGCUAUAUUUUUUAGUUGAUCAAAGAUGCGGAACUUUUUGGAGCACUCAAAGUAGAUUACCUUCUUGAGAUUCUCGCAUAUGCUUGAUCUAAGUUCCGCAGAGAAAUAUGUCGGCUUGCAGUGACCGCACUGCCCAGCUACAUUGCAUAUACAUGCGGGCCGCAUGUCAUGCAGCAGAGGGGUUUCGCAGCUUGUGUGAGCGUUAUUUUAGCGACCUCGUACGCUUACGGCGAAUCAAGUUUCGAUGUUAAGAAGGCUUGAGUUGUGUGCUGAGAUUCGUUCCUGGUUCAGUGACGAUCAUACGCUUUUAUGACCUGUCAGGAGGGCACAAUCAAGCCACUCUUAGGACACUUGGUUCAUCAUCCCUCUCAGAUCACUAUCUUGACAUGAAACUCUUUCUCUGCAUUCAAAGGUCAGCUUUUGAAGAGGAAGAACCCUACGACUUGCUCUGACGAUCAAGCACAUUGGCAGGGGCUCUCACCUAAUCAUUAGUCCUCGUCAAGCUGCACUAUUCAUGUCGCUACAAACAUGAUUAUCGCUGAAAGGAAACACCUUUUGUAUACGCCUCAUUUGUUGUAACACAACGAAGCUAACAGUAUAGACUAGUACAGCAGGUCUAGGGAUUAGGAUUUAGAACUAGAAUCCGGCGCAAAGACCACCAACCAGGAGAAAUCACCAGCCUGUGUUUCACGCGUUAGUGCCCCAAGGCUUCAAUUUAACAGUCCCAGUUUCAAGGCUUGAGGAAAUCUUUGGAUAGGCUUGCUUCGGAAACUGCUACGCCUGGUCUAGAUCCUACCAGGCAGCAGGUAGUUGCUUGAUGGAAGAGGCUGGUUGCAUCAACCAACUAGCUGGGCUGGGACGUGGGAGCGUAAAGCUCAAGCAGCUCCCGAUGACGGUGUGAUGGCAAUGUCGAGGGGCGAAUGAUGGUGUGGGUGCAUGCCGGUAUGGAGAAGGCAGCCUCAUCUGCGAGGGCGUGUUUGAUGUAGAGUGGAUAAUCAGGAUGCUCAGCUCUCAUCCAAGUGAUCUGGAAUUAGGUGCUGGGCCUCUGACUCCUCCAGGGGUGACUGGCUAUGCCCUCUGCCCACAGUACUUAGAGAAGUGUACCAGAUAUCAUCCGCACAAGCAGCUCAUUGCCUUCCAGGCUGCAAUCCCAUCACUUUACGCACUUAAAUGUAGGAGUGGCGAACUGUCUGUGGUGCCAUAUCUUACAAGCAAGUGAACGUGUAAGUGCCUAUAUCACCAGUGUGAGAAUUGAGCUGCACACGGGUGUUGUGAACGCAGGAUGCCGCACUGUCUUCAUUUGUGCUCUGUAGUUGGAUAGAUUGUUGGAUGAAUUUUGUAAAGUACACGACUUGAAGACGCCUAAGAUUUUCAGUUUAGCGUCAAGUUCGUUCAAUCUCAA